CUCGCUAGCGAUUUUCAUUUUUGCUUGUAAACAACACCUGUCAUGACAACAUAGCCACGCCAAAGUUUAUCAAAGUUUUUCCUGGUAAAGACAUGUCGAUUAUAGUUCAAUAUGCUUCUAAUGUAUGGACAAAAUUUUGGGCACCGUCCUUUUGGCUACCACCAAAUAUCACGUGGAGUGAUUUCAAAGACACGGAAACUGUUGUGUAUCCAAAAUUCCAAGAAAUUUGUUACCCUGUUGCAUAUUCCAUUUUAGUUGUUUUCAUCAGGCUCAUCAUUGAAAGGUAUAUUUUUUUGCCAUGGGGUGUCAGCAAAGGAUUAAAACCAACUAAGAAGAAGAUAAUACAAAAUGUUUUAUUAGAAGAAACUUAUUUGAAAAAUGCAGGAAGUCUAAGUCAUCACCAAGUUAUUGGUUUAGCUAAACAACUGGACUGGAAUAUAAAACAAGUUCAACGAUGGUCUGAUUUUACUUUACAAAUUUACAGGAUUUGUUUUCAUGUUUUAAAUGAUAAAAUUUUACAUUUAACCAGGAUUCGUUACAGAAAGCAACAAAACAAACCAUCUGCACUAGUGAAACUCACAGAAAGUGGUUGGAGAUUUACAUAUUAUUCAUUUGCUGUUUGUUACGGAAUAUGGGCUCUUUGGGAUAAACCCUGGUUUUGGAACAUUGAUGAAUGUUGGACCGAUUAUCCUCACCAAACGGUCUCUUGGGACAUCCGGCUCUAUUACGUAUUCCAACUCAGCUGCUACUGGUCUAUGCUUUUCUCCCAGUUUGUCGAUGUCAAGCGGAAGGACUUUUUAGAAAUGUUCAUUCACCAUUUGACUACUAUCCUUCUAAUAAUUUUCUCAUACACGUGCAAUUUAAUACGUGGAGGCAGUUUGGUGCUCAUUAUCCAUGACUUCUCCGACGUAUUUAUGGAAGCCGCAAAAAUGUUUAAGUAUAUUAAGUGGCAGCGUGGCUGUGAUGUUUGUUUCGGACUAUUCUUCAUUGUAUGGACUGUCACUCGCCUAAUCAUUUUCCCUGGAUAUCUCAUAAAAAAUUUUUGGCUGACGGCUCCAAAUUUCAUGCCCAUGUUUCCUGCCUACAAUGGAUUGAAAUAUUUGGUUGUAGUUCUGUUUUUACUUCACAUCAUGUGGACCUAUUUCAUCCUUAAAAUAUUGCAACGUGCAGUAUUGUCGGGAAAGACGGAGAAAGAUUCCCGAAGUUCGUCUAGUGAAGCUUCAGCCACUGAAGAGAAUUCAGAUAAUCCUGCCUCUUCCGUUAGACUUCGUAAAUAGUGAACUCAGGAAAUAAGCUGAACAAGGAUUUUAUAAAGGAAUUCUUACAUAGUGUGUUUUAAGUAUUAUCAUAGAACCAAAUAAGCAUUCCUAUUUUCUUUCAAAUUGUGGAAUUUCGCUCAGUAUCAGUAUGCCUUACUUCUUAUUACUGUAUUAUUGGAAGACGUUUCAUGGUUAACGUGUUAAUCACUGCUCGCGCGAAUGUGUUACUGUUAUAGUUAUUGAAAUAUGUUUAACCGUUCUCUUUUCGAUCCCUUAGUAAAAUUUUACAAGCAUUCUGGCAUUUGCAAGAUGAUUUGACGAGGGAUUUAGAUUUGAUUGUUAUGUGCGUUCAUUUUGUUUUGGACGCAUUGGAAACGGAAAAUCAUUGUAUUUAAUAAACUUCAGCUCAAAA